AUGUCGGUAGGCAGACUCCCCUCUGAAGCUGACGGUAGGGAGACCAAGAGGGCUAGGGGGAUGGCCACACCCCUAAUUGGAUUCUUGGAUGAGGAUAAACUAGGAACCCUCCAACCCCACGACGAUGCACUAGUCGUCACGCUCAGGAUCGAUGGUUACGAUGUGGAGAGGGUGCUAGUUGAUCAGGGCAGCGCCGUGGAAGUGAUGUAUCCCAACUUGUACAAAGGUUUGAAGUUGAAACCGGAGGACCUGACAACAUACGAUUCCCCAUUAGUGAGUUUUGAGGGGAAAAUCGUCACUCCGAAAAGCAUGAUUAGGCUGCCUAUACAAACAGACUCGGACGUGGUGGAGGUGGACUUCAUAGUGGUAGACGCAUACUCCCCCUACACCGCCAUCGUAGCCCAACCGUGGCUCCAUGCCCUAGGGGCUGUGUCAUUAACCUUACAUCAAAAGGUGAAGUAUCCCUCAGAAGGUCGAGUGAAAGAAGUAAUAGGGAACUAG